AUGAAUGGAUGGGGAGAAGAAUCUCAAGGUGGCCCUAGCCAAUUAACUGCAGAGAUGGUUAGAGAUCUUCUUGAGGAAGAAUUUCAUGUAGCGACACCACCCUGGUUUGAGGGUUUUGGAGACGAAGACACCCUGCUGGUCCAAAAGGGUCCACCUUUAAACUUGACAUUCACACCAACUCCAGAACAUUUCAACAAGAUCGCUUCAGCCAUAUUACAAGAAAAUGGGCAAAAGCCACCUUAUUCCACAGAGAAUACAAAGAACUUAACGCCUCCUGAAACUCCUAAAAAUACUGAAAAAACAAAGGCUAUGAAUUUUCAAAUCUCCAAGAUCACAAUUGGUGAAUGGACUCACACAUCGGUCUACCCGGAUGAUCUCAAGGCCAAAUUCUACUUUGCAAAGAUGAGACUUAUGUGGGAGAUUCUCGAUGAAGUUUCAAAACUGAAGAGAAAGAUCGAGAUUCAUUGGUCUGAUGUCUUGUCUUUUAAAGCAACUAUUAAUCCACAAGAUGCAACAGGAACCCUAGAAGUCGAGUUGGGAAAAUGUCCAACGUUCUUCAUGGAGAUUAAUCUACAGGCAGGAAAACACACUCAAUGGAAACAGUCGGAUCAAGAUUUCACCUUAGGUCAAUCUGCUUCUAAAUACAGGAGACAUACAAUUCAUUGUCCCCCUAGAGAUCUGAAAAACAACUUGGACAAGCUUGUGUCCGCUCAUAGCUUCUGGUCAAAACUCGCCAAAGUCAAAUUCCCAACUCUACCACAAUCUCUUUACUUCGACGAUGGAAACCGUAACAACAAUAAUAACAGCAACUUGUCUCCCUCCGGGCACUGCAGAACACUUGGCUUCAACGGCAAUAGUGACCCUUGUCAUCACUAUCCUCAAGGACUUGCUCAUGUGCCAGUGGACAACGUAAACUCUAACAUGACAACUCAGUUCUGCGCGAAUAAUCAAAUGACCCCAAGUUUUCAAGACAAUCACCAGAAUGAAACUAUGAGUCAAUUACCUGGGAUGCAAGUUACGUAUCUACCAUCUCAGCAUAUCAACAUGGAAAGGUCCAUUAGCUGGUCACAUUUUAACAAUCCGGUGAUUCAAGACUAUCGCCAAACGAGGAACACAGGUGAGUUACUUGGAACUCAAGCAUAUGGACAAGAGACACAACCUAACUCGGUAUAUAAGAUUGGACCGUAUCUACGAGGCAUCUUAGCUGAAGAAGAUGCGAUACAGAAGAUGAAAUGCAUACGUCAGUUUCAGACCAACGGAAAAUGUGUUUGUAAUCAAUGCUUCAACAACACGAAUGGUUCGGUGCCUCCUAAUUGGUAG